UACAGAUCUCGCGAGUGUUUGUUGCACAGCGAAUCACAAUGAGCGAGAUGCACAACGGAGCGGAGUUUGGAGGCAUUUCGGUGCACAAUUUCUCCGAGAAGAUUUUGGAGCAGGUCGUUCACUUCCACGUGAUGAAGCUCGACGGUGGGUUCUUCCUGUGGGUCGGUUCGGCUGCGGUUCUGUCCAACCUGGCGGUCUCCAUGAGCAGCAAAUACGAUUCGAUGCCUUUGUCCACAUUAGUGAUGGGAGAUCCGUCCAACACCACAGCAAGUUCUCUGUCGCAAAGAUUAGCAAAAAGGACCAGAAAGCAGGUGCUUGUGAGUUACAGUCUUCCGAUGACAGAUUCCAGCCUCAGUCUGUUGGUGGAGAACCGGAUAAAAAAGGAGCUGGAGCUUCAUCCGGAGUACUUUUAAACUCCUCCUCCCACAGUAACCAACCCCCCCAACACCAAUCACCGACACACAGUCACAUCCAGUGUUCUUUUAUUGACAUAAUAAAUUAAACGGUUUAUUAUCAAAACA